CGGGGUUUUUCUGUGACGUGCUGUGCGAGUUUUGUGUCGUACUGUGGAUUAAUCAUUUAAAAAUGGAUCAAAUAUGACGCACCCCAAUUUUCAAACUAACGGAGCCAGUUUAGAAGAUUGCCACACGAAUUUCUUUGCUUUGACGGAGCUGUCCGGCAUCAAAUGGCGUAAGCUGACGUGGAACGAGGGCGUCGGGGGCGGUCUCGGCUCGCACCACGCUGUUCCCGGCGAGCCCCUCGACGACCCGGUGCUCCGCAGUUACGCGCGUUGCCUCGCGGCCGACAUCUUGUGCGUGUGGAGGCGGGUGCCGGGGACGGGCGGCGUUUCGCGCCACCACGGCGGCCAUCAGGCCGGUCACAUGGUGGGCGACGCGUUCGAGCCGCCGCCCGUGUCGCACCAACCGCCCCCGCUCAGCCUGGCCAGUUCGAAGGAACUGUGGAUAUUUUGGUACGGCGAGGAGCCCGACCUCAACGAACUGGUCGCCCCCGAGCUUAACAUGAGCGAUUGCGAGCAGGGCUCUUGGGAAAGCGGCCUGUCGUACGAAUGCCGUUCGCUGCUGUUCAAGGCGCUCCAUAAUCUCAUCGAGCGGUGUCUCUUGUCCAGAGAUUUUAUCCGCUUGGGCAAGUGGUUCGUUCAGCCGUACGACGGCCCCGCGAAGAAAUUCGAGCCCACGUCAUCGGCGGCGCCUUCCCCGAGCGGCGGCGGCUCUGCCACCACCCAGCCGGGAUGCUACGGCAACUUCGUGGCGCCAUCUGCCGGACACUUGUCCUUUUCGUUUGCGUUUUUCGUCCACGGCGAGAGUUCGGUCUGCGCAAGCGUCGACGUCAGGCAACACCCACCCGUCAGGCGACUUACCCGAUGGCAUAUGCAACAGGCGCAGGCCUCCACUUCGGGACUGAAGGUGAUAUUGGCGCCUUUCGGCCUGGCCGGUACCCUGACCGGCCAAAGUUUCCGCUCGCCGGAAAACAACGACCGCUGGCUGGACGACUGGGGCCAAUUCUACCCGUUGAACAAGAGCUCCAACCUAACCGACAGCAGCGUCGUCGAAGUGGUGGUUGGCGGCGUGAAGAUGCGAUACCCGUCGUGCUUCGUUCUCGUCACCGACCUAGACGACAUGGUCAAUCAGGCGGUGUUGAGCGGGGGCGUGGUCGCCGACUCGGCCGCCGUCGCGACGGAUCGACUAGCGAAAACGGGCGCCGCGUCCCCCAUAACGGUGGUACCGACCCCGCCCCCUUCGCCUGUGCAAAUCAACAGUCGCGUCCCCCAACCGGGUCCGUAUACCGUCUCCGUAGAGAAUAUCGGCUCGAUGUCUCGGGAACCGAGCGUGGCUCAGGUGCUCCCCGAACGCGCGUGGCAGGAUUGCGUCUGCGGGGGCGGCAGGAACGAACCCGGCGACUGGGAGUUUACGGAUCCGAUGCGAAAAACCCCCUGUACAUGUUCAAAACCUAGGAAGUACGUCGGCGGUAGGGUGCCGCUCCAGGCCACGUCCGGCGGUACGCAGCCGUCGUUGAAACUGUCGAAGUCGUCAUCGUCGUCGUCGAGGCGCGUACCUUUCCACAAACGAUCUCCGACGCCCAAAGUCGAACCCGUACCUUUUAGGCGGACGCGGACCGCCGCCGCCGUCGCGGGCUGCGAUUUGCGACCCCCCGCGUCCUCUUCCGACUCAAGAUGCUGCGGCGGCUCGUAUACGCCUCAGGGCGGUCCGCCCUCGUAUCCCCGCACUCAAGAGAGCGUCGCCGCCAACUCGGUGGGCAGCCCCGCGUCGAUAGCGCCGUCGCCGUUGCCCGGGCCCCAUUCGCAACCGGCGUCGGUACCGCCCGGCGAUGUCCCGAUGCCGACGCUGUCGCCGCACCCGCCUCACGCGGCCGAAACGUCGUCGCCGGCCACGGGACCCGAGAAAUCUCACACGCCGCUCGACGGCGACGGCCGUCAACCGCUCAAGAGCGUCGAGAGCCCUACGAACAGCCCCAAAGACAAGGACCGGGACGGUAAACAACCGGAGAAAAAGACGCAGGACGGCGCCGGCGUCAACGGCGGUCUCGUAACGUUGAAGAGGCCCAUUUUGAGUAGUAAGGAUUACGAAGUGGCCUUGGGCGAAGAGGAGCACACCUUAGACAUGCUGUACGAUUACUCCACGCAGGACGCGUGGCUCAAUCACCCGGUGAAGAGAUUCAAGGGCGACGGCAAAGAGAACAGGCUGAACCGGAACAGACUGGACCUAUACUCGUUGUACAACCACAACGUCGUUGGUCAGUGCAAGGAGCUGCUCGGUGGGGUCGUGAACAUCAAGCAGGAGAUCAAACAGGAGCCCGGAGAUGGGGCAGAGCUUGACACGGCGCAGACGGUAACGCAGGCGCACGGCGUCAAGCGACCCGGCGACCCCUACGAGUUCGACGAGGACGGGGGCGGCGCCAACUGCAACCUGGACGGCUUCAAGAGGGGCGUGGUCAUCAAGGAGGAGCCCAAAGAGAAGAAGGUGGAGAACUUGUUUACCAGCGAGGGUCUGCAGCCGUCCUACAAAGAUCUGGAUCAAAUUUUCGACAAUUCCGAUUACACCAGCAGCGACGAGGCGUGCUUCCCGCAAAUCCAGAUACAGACGCCGCCGGGUUCGGCGGGUCCCAACACCAACCAUCACAUCUUGCACCAUGACGAUUCGACUUCAGCGACGGUCAACAACAAACGUUUGUCUUCCGGUCACGGAGGCGGCAGCGGAUGCCCGAACGUGGGCAUCCCGCGGGCCGAAGAGUUGAGCAAAAUGUUCCCGACCCCGCCCAGUUUGGAACACAACCCGAUCGCGUCGCCGUGCGGACCCCUCGACCUCCAUCAGCCCGACUUUAUGGAUCUGGGCGUGGUCAAGAUCAAACAGGAGAUUUAUCCGAACAUGGGCAGUCCGCAGGAGGAAAAUAUAGAAGACUGGAGUUUCGUAUUUAAGCCGCCGACCGUGUGCAAAAUGGUGGGCAGCAGCAAGUACGCGCCCCUAACGAACCUCCCUAGCCAAAUCCAACCCGUACACGUGCCAAGCAAUUGCGUCUACAAGCCGUCGUGGAUGCAACACAUGGAGAACAACAAGAAUCAGCAGACGCAGCAGGGUGCCGCCAGCGGUAACUCCGCCCCAGGCAGCGUCAACAGUCGGAUACGAACUCCCACCCCGUCGAUACCGAACAACGUGCAUCACAACUCGAACAUUUUCCCGCCCAGUCCCCUGCAUCCCGCAGGUUUCAGGCCGCCGCCUCCGCCGUACGAGUUGCCCUCGCCCGCCAACUCGACCGCCUCGUCGUACCUCAACAAGAACCUGAACUCGGUCGAGCCGGUGGCCACGCCCCAAACGAUGCAGCGGACGCCCGAGGCCAGCUCGCUGGUGCUCAACAUACUCCUUACAGAUACGGCCGUCAACAUAUUCAGGGAUCACAACUUUGACAGCUGCACCUUGUGCGUGUGCAAUGCCGGCGGGAAGGUGGUCGGCAACAUCAGGGGCGCGGACGCGGGCAUCUACCUCCUAAACUCUCAAAUGGACAAGGCGCACGCGAGCGCGCAACCGAGCAGCCCGUACCCGGGUCUCGGACAGCCUCCGCCCUACGGCGGCAUGCUGUCGCCCCAACACCACCACAGCUCGUGCGACGAAGACCAGAUCCGUUGCAGUUGCGGUUUUUCCGCCGUCGUCAACCGGCGAUUGGCCUACGGUAGCGGCCUCUUCUACGAAGACGAGAUGGAGAUCACCGGCAUCGCCGAGGACCCCGGCAAACGGAAGAAACAGUCGCUGGUGUCGUAUCUGGCCGCGUCGAACUGCAUCAAGGCGGACAGCGGCGUCGAUCGCGAUCAGCUCGACGCUCUGCCGCACAACUUGCUCGAUUUGAUCAGGGAGCAGUUGGUUUUCGUGCCGAGUACCGCGAACGCCCUGUCGAGGGCCGCGCGCUACGUGCGUCAGAGCAAGGUCGGCAUCUAUUCGAACGUCAUGCACAUUCUCGAGUAUUCGGACAGUAACGAGGUCGCCGCGAUCGCGUUGGAGCAGAGCAGAAAUCUGCUCGAGAAUCUGGGCAUGUGCAAGAUCGAGACGGAGAAGUGUUCUAAAUCGACGGGCGUGCACCGGUGGCCGUUCCUGCGCGCCCCCGGACCGCAGUGCAAUCAGGACAUCGUGAGGGUGAUGAAAUCGCUGCAGCCGCUGCUGCAGGACGCAAUCCAAAAGAAGUGUCAGACGAGGCUGUGGGAGGCGCCGUCCGCCGUCAAGGGACCGUUGACGUGGCGCCAGUUUCACCGGCUCGCCGGUCGAGGUACCGACGAUAGGUGCGAACCCCAACCCAUACCUUCCGUCAUCGUCGGCCACGACAAGGAUUGGCUGUGUCUCUCGCCCUACGCGCUUCAACACUGGGAAAGUCUCCUGCUCGAACCGUAUUCGUAUUGCAGGGACGUCGCUUAUAUCGUUGUCGCGCCCGAGAACGACGCCAUCUUGCCGCGGGUCAAGACGUUUUUUAAGGAAUUGUCGACCGCCUACGAGAUUUGCAAGUUGGGACGACACAGUCCCAUCACCAAGGUGCUUCGGGACGGUAUCCUGCGGGUGGGCAAGAAAGCGAAAGAAAAAAUCGGCAACGAGCCUGUCGAGGAGUGGUUCACGCUGCUCGGCGACGGAGAGACCAGCGACAUGCUCAAACUGUACGCGCAGGUCUGCAAACACCAUCUGGCGCCGUACCUGCAGCAAGUGCCAAUGGAUAAGACGUUGCUGGACCCGCCCGUCGACGCCACCGACAAACCGGCGCCGAGUCCCAUGCCGCCGCCGAGCACGCCCGAUCCCAACCCUAAUUCCCAGUCUUCGACGCCGGACAAGGCGCCGUCCACGCCCAAAAGCGACCACGAAGGCGACGGUAUGAAAGACACUACGUUACCCAGCAACAGCCUUAGCGACAUGUCCCACGACGAAGACGAUCGUGAUCCGCCUUGUAUAGUCGUGUACCUUGUCGAACCGUUCACGCUUGGCUCCGACCAGCCGGAACUUCAGAGGCUCGCGGUGCUGGCCUUGUUACGUUGCUUCCAAAGCGUGCUGGCCGCGGUGCCCGACGCCAUCAAGAGCAACAUCAGCGUACAGAUCAUUUCUCUGGAGAGCAUAGUCGAAUUGAACAAAGCUAGAGACCGGAUGAGACACAGCGACCACAUGAGGGCGCUGGCGUUGAACAUUUUCGCGCAGUGCAGACGAUUGCUGAUUCACUCAAACAACGUCAAGUCGUUGACGGGUUUCGGUACCGCCGCCACCGCCGAUUUGUUCUUGAAAAGCAAAGACGAGAAGAACCGCGCCCCUUACAAGCUGUUUACGCCUCCGUACGUGCUGGCGCCGAUGCGAGAGAAGGUCGAGGCGGUAGAGGCAUUCGGUAAAGGCACUCAGGACCAGGCCUCGGUGCUUUACCUCAGUUACUGCCUAUCGGAAGACCAGAGUUGGCUGUUGGCCGUCUGCACGGACGAGCGGGGCGAGAUAUUCGAAACGGUGACGAUUAACAUUGACAUCCCUAACCGCAGCAGGAGGAAAAAGGCCUCCGCCAGACGUAUAGGGUUGGAAAAACUCAUGACGUUCAUCCUCGGCGUGAUGUCGCAGAGCGUCAGACCGUGGCGCCUGGUAGUGGGGAGGCUCGGCCGCAUAGGUCACGGCGAAUUGAAAGGUUGGAGCUGGCUGCUGAGCAAAAAGAACCUGCUAAAAGCGUCACGACAACUGAAAGAGAUCUGCAACCAAUGCUCGAUGAUGUAUCCGAGUUCGGUGCCGUGUAUCCUGUCGGCCUGCCUCGUCAGCCUUGAACCGGACUCGGUUCUGAGACUGAUGCCGGACCAGUUCACGCCCGACGAACGUUUCAGCCAAGUGAGCGUCAACUCUCAGCUGUCGACGCCCGAAGACGUGUCCUGCACUCAUAUUCUGGUGUUCCCGACCAGCGCCACCACUCAGUCGUCGCAGACCGCCUUCCAGGAACAGCACAUCAGCGCGGAUCUCGGCGAUGACGAGCUCUUCAAAGCGUUCGAUGACGACAUGGCCGACGGCAUCGACGGCAUGAACGACUUCAACGACAUUUUCUCCUCGUGGACCGACAUGGGCGGCGGCCAAUCUCCCACGGGCAGCCCGCGCCGCGAAGAUGCUGGACCCAACAGUCCGGGCUGCGGCAUGAUGGGCGGACGCGAGGGCACGCCCCUCAUGGGCGGAGUCCAGAAGAACGGCGAGCCAAGCGAAGAGGUGGGCGUGGUGCUGCAACAGCCCCUCGCGCUGGGGUACCUGGUUUCGACGGCACCCACCGGAAAAAUGCCGCGCUGGUUUUGGGCCAGUUGUCCCCAUUUGGAGGGCGUGUGCCCCGCCUUCCUGAAGAACGCCUUGCACCUUCACAGUCCCAACAUACAGCAGAGCUCUGACGAUCUGUUCCAGCAGUCGGCGCAGGUCACCAGUCACCCUCUCGACUCUCAAUACACCACGGACGUGUUGAGAUACGUUUUGGAGGGGUACAACGCCCUCUCCUGGUUGGCACUCGACUCAAACACCAAAGAUCGGCUCUCUUGUUUGCCGGUGCACAUGCAGGUGCUGGUUCAGCUGUACCAUACGGCCUCCGCCCUCUUGUAAAGACCC